UGGGCCGGGUUUGGAGACCACGUCGAGGCUGGGGCCAGGCUGGCUUCCUGCUCCUGCAGCGGCGUGGAGUUCGGGGGCUGGCUAUAUCUGCCCGUCUGUGUCUUCUGCUUCUGGUGAGAGAAAAAAGAAGAAGGCAACUACUUUGAGAUGAAAUUCAAGAUAAUCGCUCAGCUAUAGGCCAAUCACCCCCAGAGGCAACAACAGCAGCACUUCUCAUCCCUGGACGACAAGCCUCAGUUCCCAGGGGCCUCGGCGGAGUUCGUAGACAAGCUGGAAUUCAUCCAGCCCAAUGUCAUCUCUGGGAUCCCCAUCUACCGUGUCAUGGAUCGGCAGGGCCAGAUCCUCAAUCCCAGCGAGGAUCCCCACCUGCCACAGGAGAAGGUUCUCAAGUUCUACAAGAGCAUGACGCUGCUCAACACCAUGGACCGCAUCCUCUAUGAGUCCCAGCGGCAGGAUCACAUCUGGCCCUUCCUGUCCAUCCUGUCUCCUAUUCCUUGUGGCCUUGGCAGUUCACUCCCGUCUCCACAGUCUCAUGCCAGUCCAGGCCACCUGCCCAACCUCACACAAGCCCGGCUUCUUCCUGCCCCUGCAUUGGCUGCACAAACAGGGCUGUGGAAUCCCCCAGGCAUGGAUCUAGUCAGAGCUGGCCGGAUCUCCUUCUACAUGACUAACUAUGGUGAGGAGGGGACGCAUGUGGGGAGCGCAGCAGCCCUGGACAACACGGACCUAGUGUUCGGCCAGUACCGGGAGGCAGGUGUGCUGAUGUAUCGGGACUACCCCCUGGAACAGUUCAUGGCCCAGUGCUACGGCAACGUGAACGACCCAGGCAAGGGGCGCCAGAUGCCUGUUCACUAUGGCUGCAAGGAGCGUCACUUUGUCACCAUCUCCUCUCCGCUGGCCACACAGAUUCCUCAGGCGGUGGGUGCAGCCUACGCGGCCAAGCGGGCCAAUGCCAACAGGAUCGUCAUCUGUUACUUUGGGGAGGGGGCAGCCAGUGAGGGGGAUGCCCACGCUGGCUUCAACUUUGCUGCUACCCUCGAGUGCCCCAUCAUCUUCUUCUGCCGGAACAAUGGCUAUGCCAUCUCCACGCCCACCUCUGAGCAGUACCGCGGGGAUGGCAUCGCGGCUCGAGGCCCCGGGUACGGCAUCCUGUCGAUCCGUGUGGAUGGCAAUGACGUGUUCGCUGUGUACAAUGCCACCAAGGAGGCCCGGCGACGGGCUGUGGCAGAGAAUCAGCCCUUCCUCAUUGAGGCCAUGACCUACAGGAUCGGGCACCACAGCACCAGUGAUGACAGCUCAGCGUACCGCUCAGUGGAUGAGGUCAAUUACUGGGACAAGCAGGACCACCCGAUCUCCCGGCUGAGGCACUACAUGCAGAGCCGAGGCUGGUGGGAUGAUGAGCAGGAGAAGGCCUGGAGGAAGCAGUCACGCAAGAAGGUGAUGGAGGCCUUCGAGGAGGCCGAGCGGAAGCUGAAACCCAAUCCCAGCCUGCUCUUCUCUGAUGUGUAUCAGGAGAUGCCUGCCCAGCUCCGUAAGCAACAAGAGUCCCUGACCCGUCACCUCCAGACCUAUGGCGAGCACUACCCCCUGGACCACUUUGAGAAGUGAGCCCUGCUCACCCCACCCCACCCAUCUCAGGUACCCUGAGAGGCAGCCCCAGACUGAGGGCUGGAGAGCUGGCAGCCAGCUCCAUCCAGGAUACUCAGGGCAGAACUGAGAUAAGAGGCAGGGCUUCCUAUCACCAUCCCCGCUCCUCUCAGCUGUUACAUUGUGGGGGGCCCUGCUGGCCCCCUCUUUGACUGUGGUUACAGUGCCUUCUCCCAGGGGCUAAGCAAGGGCAUCUCCAUGACUGGAAGCCCCUCUGGGCUGAGGGCAGGAAUGACAGGUCAGCCUGUGGAACUUAGAGUGAGAGGUGGGCAGCAGGCAUUGAAUAAACUGUGUCUCUGCA